UGAUAAUAAAUUAAUAAUCUCAAGGGAAUUAGUUUUCUCGAAUAAGGGGUUGGUCUAAUUUGGAUUCUAUGAUUUAAAAAAAUACAUUGUUAGUGUAACUAAUUCUUAAAAUUAGAAGGAUUAGCGAUUUGAUUUAGCUAAUUGUGAAUUUAAAAUUUUGUUCUUUUUUCCAAUAAUUUUGGCUUAUAUUAGAUUUGGGAGAUGUUAACAAAAUAGCACAAAAAUAUGAAUUUGACAAUUACAAACCAGGUUACGAGUUUACCACAUCAGUAAGACGACCUACCUAGCUAAAAACUGAAGAGUCCAAAUAAUGAAUUUAAAUAAAAACUAUGUGUAGGAUUUAUAUAUGAGAACCACUCACCCAGAUUCAACAUUCAAACUAGCCAAAAGUGACGAAUCAACCAAGUACGAUUAACAAACAAACUUUAGUUCAAUCUUACUUUGUCGACAAGUGAGGUUUAGAUGAAGACCAUGUUCUCCCCUCUCACUCCAACCAUGGAUGGGUCGAAUUGCCACUGAAAAAAUUUCACAAAAGAUUAAAUUCAAAAUCAUAAGGGGGAUGGUCGAUCGGGGUGACAGUUGAAUCUGGACUUGCAAAAUGUUCAAUUAAAUCCCAAAUCCAGUCAAAGAGAAAGAAGGGGGAAAAUGCUCUGUGAUGACAAGUUUUGAAUUGGGUGUGGAUAAAAACUUAUUUACGAUUUUUUAGGAUCAGCUCGCUUUUAACCCUGAGAUAAAAAAAAACCGUUCUGAAUAUGAUGUGUUAAAUAUUUAUAACAAUAUAUUUGUAGCAAGAUAUAUCCAUAUUAUUUCGUUGAGUUUGGUUCGAGUUUAAUUUUUCAGGAUAAAAAUCAGUAUUCUACCAAAUAAUUUGGCGGUACAUGUUAGAGAGUGAUAUAAGAUCCAACAGAACCUUCUCCCAACAACUCGAGUAAUUGGGACCAACUAGUUCUUGACAUGGUAUCAGAGCUUGGUUUGGCCAAAUGGUCGUGUGUUCGAAUCUCCACGACCCCCAAUAUUAAAAAUUGAUUAAAGCACAAGGUAUGGUGGGUCUGUGCAAACUUCGAGCCCAUAGAUUGGCUUUCGUUUACAUCCUCAUUUGUGCCUCUGACGUCGUCCCUCCCCAUUCAAGUCAACGAGUCAACUGGGGGUGUUAGUGUUUGUUUGCUUUUCUUUCUUCACUUAUUUUUUGGCCUUUUUUCCUUGUUGUUUCAUGCACGUGGGCCCUCCACGUUUCUAUUCCCUCAUCAAAAUUCCAACCUAAUGGGCCCAGCACGUUGAUCAAAGUACUAUAAAUAGGCCUGAGCCCAGGACAGUGAAUCAUCGCCACAAAUAAAAUAACAAAACAUCCUCAUUCUCCCAACACACAAAAGCUUCCAUUCCCUUAGUAUGAAAACUCUCAGCCAACCAACGCUAUUAAUCAUUUCAUUAUCACUCCUCCUCCUCUUCCUAACGCUUCACUUCCCUCCAACACAAGCCAAGUUCGCCGGACUUGGCAUCCACAGACCAAAGAGCUCCAAGCAAGCAAGGCAGCUCGCUGCCGCCGACGAUGAUUUCGUGACGUUUUACUACAACCAGACGCUUGACCACUUCAACUACAAGCCGGAAAGCUACACCACUUUCCGGCAGAGGUACAUCGUCAACGUCAAACACUGGGGUGGCGCCGAUACCAACGCUCCCAUUUUGGUCUACUUUGGCCCCGAAGACAGGAUCGACUACGCCUGGGCCGAUAUUGGCUUCCUCACUGAGAAUGCUCCCCAUUUCAAGGCCCUCCUCUUAUAUAUCGAGCAUCGUUACUACGGGGAGUCCAUCCCGUUUGGUUCGUGGGAGAAAGCUUCGAGAAACGCCACUUCCCUCGGCUACUUGAACUCUGCUCAGGCGAUUGCGGAUUAUGCCGCCAUCAUCCUCCACGUCAAGCAGACUUACUCGGCAAAGAACUCCCCCGUCAUCGUCGUUGGAGGAUCCUACGGUGGAAUGCUGGCGUCGUGGUUCAGGCUCAAGUACCCACACAUAGCGAUUGGAGCGCUGGCUUCGUCGGCUCCAAUUCUCUAUUUUGAUGGAGUUGCGCCUGGAGAUGGCUACUACUCCAUCGUCACAAAGGAUUUCAAAGAAGAUAGCAAGAGCUGCUACGAGACGAUUCGCAGGUCGUGGGUUGAAAUCGAAAGAGUGGCUUCCAAGCCCGACGGCCUUUCACUCCUCGGCAAGAAAUUCAAAACUUGCCGUCCUUUGAGAAGGACGUUCGAUCUGAAGGAUUACUUGGACUCCAUGUACGCGGAGGCGGCGCAGUACAACGAACCGCCGGAAUAUCCCGUCAGCAUAGUCUGCCGUGCCAUCGACGGAGCCCCGGACGGCGACGUUCUGGGGCAGAUACGCGCCGGCGUCGUUGCUUACAAGGGAGACAGCUCCUGCUACGAUGUCUACGAGUACUCCUCUCCUCCUACGGCUUCGGACAGUGCAUGGAAAUGGCAGACGUGCAGCGAGCUAGUAUUCCGAAUAGGGCACGAUAGCGACACGAUGUUCCCGCCGGAGCCUUUCAACAUCAACAGCUUCACCAAGAAUUGCGAGAGCCGAUUUGGAAUCCUUCCACAGCCUCACUGGGUCACCACGUUUUAUGGAGGCCACGACUUGAAGCUGGCUCUGCGUAGAUUUGCUAGCAACAUCAUCUUCUCAAAUGGGAUGAGAGAUCCUUACAGCAGCGGCGGGGUGUUGGAGGACAUAUCAGAUAGCAUUAUAGCAUUGUCUACCGUUAAUGGAUCUCAUAGUCUGGAUAUACUGACAUCAAGGCCAAGUGACCCCGAUUGGUUAAUCAAGCAGCGCAAGACUGAGCUGGAAAUUAUCGGGAGGUGGCUUUCUAAGUACUACACAGAUCUAGUGCAGUUGAAAUAGUUACCAUGAUUAGGUUAUAUAUAGUAUUUGUGCAUGCAUGCGUGAUAGGGGUGGCAAUACGGUCCGGUCCGGUUAAAUUGGACCAAAUUGAUCCGAUUCCAGUCCGGUUUUUUCGGGAAUAUAAGGACCAAAGAUUGGAUGCGUCUAUAUGAAGCUGGUAAUACAUAUCUAGCAACCAAAUUUUGCCCUAUACGUGUGUUUUUGUUCCAUGGUGAUCAUCACUAGCUAUAAUGGAUUGCCUCGCCCGGUUAAUCAUGAAGAGCGAUGGAUAGCUAGCUAAUUGUGUGCUGUGUAAUGUAAUAUCGUUUGAAUCAAGGAUCUUCAUGAUCUCAAAUCGUUAGAUCGCGUACGUACAGUAGCGUACAUUUUUUUCGUAAUUUUACGCUACAAGAUAUAGUGAAAUGGUGAAAAUAUGUGCUUUAUAUAUAGGACGUGCACAAUAAAAUGAAUAUGAUGGUGAUGAUUGAUUCCGGUUUCUUAUUCCCAUUGUCUGUGGUGGGGAAAUGAAGAGGAGAAGGAAAAUCAAAAGACAAAUGCUGUCACCAGGUUCCUGGACAGCGCAAUGAUCAAAUGGUAUGAUGAUUCGGUCACGUCAUUUUAGUGCAAAAUUAAAGACAACUAAAGGGUUGAUGGUGUCAUUUGUGUCCAUAAAGAGGAAAGAAAGGAAUUGAACGUGGGAAUUGGCCCUCUUUCCCACGUUAUGCAGUAAUUGGCUGGAAAUUCCAUGUUUGGCAGCAAAAAAUAAAUAUGGAAAUUGGGCCGUGGGAAUUGGCCCAAUUACAACAGACGCAGGAAUGAGAAUUACGGCCCCCACCCCCCGGAAUUUCAAUUACUGCGAUUGAAGCAAUUUUCUUGCCCAAAUUGACCCUUCUUUCUUCCUUCCGUUUUCUUCCCGCAUCUUGCUUCUUUUUUCUUCCCUCUCGUUGAUACCAAGUGCUCCACAACGACGACCACAUGGAACGAAGAAUAACGGCAAGCUCAGAGAAAAUUGAAAUCCGAUUUCGGUGGUACCCCGCGAGAGAAGGAGAAGCUUUUUCUCAGUCGCUCUACCGUCUCCGCCGCUGCCUCCGAAUUCACUUCCCCUGUCGCCCCAACAACUCCAAUCACCAGCUCGGUAAUCUUCUCCGCCGCUACCACGAUCUCGUUCUCCCCCACCGGCUUCCGCCACCAAGUAAUCCACAUUCCACACCUAUGCGAUUCCUAAAGUUUUUCUACGGGAUCGACGUCAGAUUUAGCCGUCCUCAGGUACUUUCUCUUCUCUUUGUCGAUUAAUUAGGGUCCGUCGCUAGUCAAGUUAGGAUUUAACUGUUGAUUCUAGAUUUAAAUCUAUAGUUUUGGGUGAACAAAAUUGCAUGGAAUUAUUGUGGACGCUAAUUGUGUGGAACUAUUUGUUAUGGGAAAUAGCUUGGAAACUCAUGGGCCGUUUACUUGCCAUUCCAUUUCUGUUAGCUGCCACAACAGAAAACAAAAAUAAAAUGAAAACGAAGCUGACCAUUUCCUGGAAAACAAAACCUGAAAAAACCUUGUUUAGCUGAGAAUUUUGGUGAGUUCUGAAACUGAGUUCUAAAAAGAAAUCCUGUUUAGUUGCUUCAUUCUGUUUUCUGAUUCUUGAUUAUCAUACAACCCUAGCCAUGAUUAUAAUUUUUAAUUCGAAUUAAAUAGUUUUUAAACUACAAAUAAACACAAUACCAAGUACAACAUCUUAUAUUAAUUAAGUACUAGUACAACAUAAAAAUUCAAAUAAGUCCAGCUUGAAAGCCAUGCCACAACUUGAGUAUCAUACAACUCUAGUCAUGAUUAUAUAUUUUAACACGAAUCAAUAGUUUAGCCACUAAUAAACACAAUACAUGUAGAAACAAUGUAUAUACUAGUUUAUUUUUUAUAUGAUAGUGAGUAAACACAAAAUCCUAUCAUUAUAAACACGUUUAAAAUAAAAUAAUGUUUUUAAU